AUGUCUGCCAAUACCAGAAAGACUAAAGUUCUUACAGGGCCUUCCGCAAAAUCCAACUUAUCCUCAACAUGGCGCGUGGGCUUAGCUUACUUUGCAGCAACAAAGCCGGAUACCACCGUUGCCAGAAAAGACAUUGACGCCGUCGGGGAGCAGAUCCCACCAACAGCUUACCAGCCUCCUCUCCGAAAAUCAGAUAAGAAGCAGUUUCGUUUAGAUACUGGGGCCAGUUGGAGAAUUCACAUUUGGCGAGGGAUCCAGCUCGCCGCUGCUCGCUUACUUGGUGCACCGGAGAGUUCCUUGUGCUUGCGUUCCUCCGAAGAGAUAAACUUCUCGAUAAAUGAUUUCUCAGCUUGUGCUGCGGCCGUGAUCCUGAUCCGUUUUCUUUCAGAUCUGCUGAGACCACGUGAAAGUAAGCAGCAGAAAACUUAUGAUUUGGGAAGAAGUAAACUUCAUGUUCGUCAUUUUGGCAAUGCGACCACGCUUAAGAAGCAGCCACGUCAUGUGGUGACCUGGAAGAGACGGAAAGGUGGAGAGAGAAAGAGAAGGAUGGAGGGACAGAGAGAGAGAGGAGGAGAGAGAGAAAAGCAGACAGGAAGACGUAGUCCGGUUGCUUUCAGCAACAGUGCCGGAUAUCGGUGUCCAAGUCCUAAUGGUUUGAUUAUCCGUGCUUCCGUUGCACAGCAAGCUUAUUGCAGUGAUCCCUAA